ACGUCAAGCUUUCCAAUCCCUACGCUACCCAUCUCGAGUCGAAACCGUCUCGAGAUCGCAGCUCUCUAGAGUGCAUACAGGAGAUACUACCCGCCCAUUAAAACCGUAAGCGCUUCGUGAGAUACAAAGGUAUACUAUGGCAGGCAUUCGACAGUCACGGCUCCUGCUAGCCCGACUUGACUACCCGCAUCCGCUAGACACUAAUUGCAACGUAGUAGCAGUGUUUGAACUCUGUGACCUUCUUUCGAAGACCAAGUUCGACUGUUUGAUCACAUCGGCCGCUGCGCCCAUUCAACGAUAACGUUCACGCUGGCGUAUUCGAUUGUCCCAAUUAUCAGAAAAAGCGGAAGAUCCCACCUGAAUACUAGUAGAAAGUUACGCACGAAACCGCAAUCAUGGCGAAGUCAUUUGGUCCAGUCGCACCAGUUGCCUGCAACAUGGUUGACACAAAGUACACCUUGAAGUCAGCUAACGUGAAGGGUCAUGAAGUUCCUACCAGCUUUACUCUCCUUAAGCAGAAGUCUCCUGCUGCUGUUGUGCCUCCACUCACCGAUGGUGUGCGUUUGGUAACGAUAGACGAGUACCAGCAGGCGGCCGCUUGCUUGGCCGAGGCUUUUGCUGAGGAUGAUGUUGCUCGUUACUUUAUUGAUGUGCCUGACCGUGAGCAUUGGACUGAUGAGCAGAAAUGGGACUUGCACGUUGAGAUCAUGGAGUACGUUACUUACGCUCACAUCCUCAAGGGACUGGUGACUACAGUGGGAGAUUUCGAGGCAGUUGCACUAUGGAUGCCGCCAGGCCAGAACAUGGAUGACUACCUGACCAUCUGCCGCAGCGGCCUCUGGCGUCUCAAUUACCGCCUCUCGGCGGAAGGCAAGCGCCGUUUCUUCACCGAGUUCUUCCCACUCCUUCACGACACGAUGCACGGCACUCUCGGUGAUCGCGAGCUUGAGACAUGGUAUCUUGUGUACCUGGGCACUCGUCCUGCUGGACGUGGUAAGGGACACGCCCGUAAGCUCAUCGAGCAUGUCACAAAGCUUGCCGACCGCGAGGGCCGCGCCUGCUACCUGGAGUCGAGCAAUGCGGCCAACCCUGCCAUCUACAGAAAGUUUGGCUUUGAGGAGCGUCGCACGGUUCAUCUGCAGCGUGCAGAGAAGAACAUCUCACUCGACAUCAUGGUGAGAGAGCCUGUAGGUCAGGGGAAGAAGGGCGCUAUGUGAGCACGUGAGCUAUUGCGAGGGGGACGAGACGAGCACUGCUUCAACACGCAAGGCUCGAUGACGGGAUUUAUGCAACCUUCUUCAACAGAAGUUUUUUUCAUCUGUUUGCACGACAGUCAUUAUUGGACUAA